CCAGCAUUCACUGCACCCAGCGCAACUGCCAAAGGCACAUCUGCAUGAACAUGGCUAAAUCACCUCACAGUCAACAUUCACAUUGCGGCUAGAGACGAGACUUUCCAGGCAGCGUGUUCGUGGAAAUCAUAUCUACACACAGUCAUCGAAUCAGUCCUGAUACGGAAACUUUGCUCGCGAUGGACGAUGCAGCUGAAAAGUCUACUGAGCUCCCAGGAGCGCCAUCCAACAUAUCUGCUGGGCGGAGGACCAGUGAGCGGCCUGGUACACCGGCUACGGCGACCUCAGAAGCACCAACGUUGAUACGGGAGUUUCGGACAGAGCCCAAAUGGCUCGACAGAGAUCAUGAGAAAACUGGUGGCAGUGAAGCCGCGGACUGGCGAAAGGAAUUCGUGAAAGUGAUUGAGGAGUACACCAAAGACAUGACCACGACUGAACGCACAGAGUUCUUUGAGGCCUGCAUAACUCGAAAUAAGGAUCGCUAUAUUCAGACCUUUGCCGCAUAUUACGGAAUGCAUCCAGAGCACAUUCCUGAUCGCCCGGGAGGAGUAAAGAGCACCAAGAAGGAGCGGGACGGCAUGGUCGAGAGCCCAGAAGUGUUUGAGAAACAAAAGAAGCUCUUCAAGACAACAUGGCUUAGAACCAAUGAAGAAGAUCCCUUCUGUUCGAAGCAAGCCCCUCUAAACGAAGUUACAACUGGGCCCAGGAACGAGUCGGAUCCAUGCGCAGAGCCACCGAACUGCCAGCACUGUAGGAAAGGCGAGCAGAAGCAGAAGUGGCUCGCCCCAAUCAAGAGUAUCAGGAAGGCACUAUCGAAGAAGUCUCAAGUCCAGCUCGGUGUUACUCCAGCUACGAUCCUGCAGGACGACGUUACAGUGUCAACGGCUCGUCUUCCCAGGGCUUCCAUCAAAGAUGAGGAUAUUAGCGGUCGUUCGUCGCUCAAAGAGCUGUCGACACCGCGGGGCAGACCUCCGAUGUGGCCUCCUACAGAACAUGCACAGCAUGUCGAGCAGCAGGCCUAGCAGCCGAUCCACAUCAAGGGUCACAGGUAGAAUACAGCUCCAGAAGGUAUGCCUACUGCGGUCUGAAAGUAUGCCAAUACUUCCACCAACCAGGAUUCCACGCAGACUCGAAAAUCCCACGCCCCAAGACUGCAUGCGAUAUUCCUGACUACGACAUUGCUCUUUCUAUGCUCUCCUGGACCCGAUCAGCACAGGUCCUCACUUCGGAGCAUGGAAUGAAGACCGAGCAUUGAUUGAGACACAUCGAAACCAUGUUGCAUUGAGCAGAACAUCACACGAAGGAGGGCGCAAUACAUGGGACUCGAGCGAAAGCAAACCAUGAGUCUGGAGAAGGCACCAAAGUACAUCGACAUGUUCUAAAGAGCUCAUAACGUACAUACACGGGCCUUGAAAUAAAUAAAUUUCAAC